CUCAUGGCUGAGUGAGCCUUCCCUGGGCCCAGCACCCCACCCCAGCAUGGUCCAGGCCUGUCGGGGGCGUUCCAGAGCACAGCCGCUGAUCUUGUCUUUGGGGGCAGCCAUGACCCAGCCUCCACCAGCCAAAGCACCAGUCAAGAAGCACGUCCGGCUACAGGAGAGGCGAGGCUCCAAUGUGGCUCUGAUGUUAGACGUGCGAUCCCUGGGCACUGUGGAACCCAUCUGCUCAGUGAAUACACCCCGGGAGGUCACCUUACACUUCCUGCGCACAGCUGGACAUCCCCUUACCCGCUGGGCCCUGCAGCAUCAGCCACCCAGCCCCAAGCAGCUGGAGGAGGAAUUCUUGAAGAUCCCAUCAAACUUUGUCAACCCUGAAGACCUAGAUAUCCCUGGCCAUGCCUCCAAGGACCGAUACAAGACCAUCUUGCCAAAUCCCCAGAGCCGUGUCUGUCUUGGUCGGGCACAGAGCCAAGAGGACGGAGACUACAUCAACGCGAACUACAUCCGAGGCUACGAUGGACAGGAGAAGGUCUACAUUGCCACCCAGGGCCCAAUGGCCAACACUGUGGCAGACUUCUGGGAGAUGGUGUGGCAAGAAGAAGUGUGUCUCAUUGUCAUGCUCACUGAGCUCCGUGAGGGCAAGGAGAAAUGUGUCCACUACUGGCCCACAGACGAGGAAACCUAUGGGCCCUUUCGGAUCUGCAUCCGUGACCUGAAAGAGCACCCGGAAUAUACUGUACGGCAACUCACCAUCCAGCACCAGGAGGAACGCCGGUCAGUAAAGCACAUCCUCUUCUCAGCCUGGCCAGACCACCAGACGCCAGAAUCAGCUGGGCCCCUUCUACGCCUGGUGGCCGAGGUGGAGGAGAGUCCAGAGACAGCUGCCAACACUGGGCCCAUCGUGGUCCACUGCAGUGCAGGGAUUGGCCGGACGGGCUGCUUCAUCGCUACUCGCAUCGGCUGCCAACAGCUGAAGGCGCGAGGAGAAGUGGACAUUCUGAAUAUCGUGUGCCACCUGCGCCUGGACAGAGGGGGGAUGAUCCAGACCACGGAGCAGUACCAGUUUCUGCACCACACUUUGGCCCUGUAUGCAGCCCAGCUGCCCCAAGAGCCCAGCUCCUGACCCUUCUACCAGCCCAGAUGCCAACCUCCCCUCAGGCCUAGGACAGGGGCCUAGGGAAGUGGGCUCUGUGCCCUGGGGCACCCCCUGCAUGAGCACAGGGAUGGUGCCUCACUAGUGAGUGCUUACAGUCCCAGGAAGCUGUGCCAGCAAGGAUGAGGGACCAGACUCCAGGUCUUCACCACCAGCCACUCCUCUGACUCCUCUGGUGCUCCUAGAUGGACAAUGGGAGAGCCUUCUGUGUCUUUGAACUUAAAGACAGGAGCUAGCACUUGAACCAGACUGCAUGAAGACUGCUCUUUGU